UUUAUUUAGCUCAGCAAUACAUUUUAAUAUUGUACCUAGGUUAUUGCGCGAUGCGCCGAUCAAGAAAGUUUAUGCUUGCCAAAUUGGAAAAGGUUUACUACAGUUAAAGAAGCUAUCGCAUCUCUAUGUUUUUCACACCUUAGGAUGGAGGCAACAAAAUCACCUAACAGCUUUGGUUGCCGAACGUUUUCGGCUAAUGUGUUCGACUCCUUCAGCUGCUAGCUUAUCAUGACCCAGGCAUAGAGGAUAAACAUGAACGAAGCAUUCCAAUGCCGCCUUACAAAAGCCAAAAAUAGUCCAACAAACAUUUCGGUUGUCAUGAUCCCGAAUGACCUGCCGAUCAUCCACAACAUGUUGAAACCUUUGCGAGCAGCUGUCGUCCAGUGUUCACUGGACUUGAAGUCUGAUGACAGCAAAACUCCGAGGUCAAAUUGAAGUUGAAGUCGCAGUACCUCGUUGCCACUAAGCAAAUAACGCGUCGGCGGGUCAUUCGGACCAACGCGCACAACUGAACGUUUCGCUUAAUUAACGGGAAACUGCUACGAAAGGGACCAGGCCGAGCGUCUAUCCAGAGCCCUCUGUGGGGUCAGUGGACCAAUCGAAUCGUCUAUUGUGAACCAGAGUCUCAAGUCAACUGCAAACAUUAGAAACGGCACGCAUAAUUCAUCAGGUUGGUCCUUAAGAUAUAAAGUGAAGAGGAAGAGGCCAAGGACUUAGCCUUGCGGAACGCCACUGUGAACACAUUAGCGGAAGGACAGGCUUAAACACACCAACUCACGUUUCUCUUCCAAUUAGACACUCUGAAAGCCAUCGUAAUUUUGGUCCGGAAAUACCGUGGGACUUCAGCUUGUACAAAAGCCUCCAACGUGGAACGGUGUCAAGAGCUUUGGAAAAGUCAAUAAACACCAAGUCUACUGCCUUACCACAAUCACGGGCUUCGGCACAGUGUUCGUGAGCCGUAAACAAAACACCUACAACACUUGUCACGACGAAUAUUGUAAAGUACAAGGUACCACGGCUCGCGGCGAUUGUGACAAUGCUAGAGCUGCUUCCACGCAUGGACACUCUACUACCAUAUCCAUUCCUACCUCUAUGUCAUCUAUGCUCAAGCUGGGCCGUGAGCGGAGGAAUCAAUGGCGUGCACAUCAUGAAGAGUUCAAAGUCAUAAUGAGACGGCUUCGUGGUGUUCAGACUGAACCCAACUCGACAGCAACUGAAUCAUGGAUAGAGAGUUCAAACUCCAGCCUGCAACGGUGCAGUCAUUGCAAUCGCACGUUCAACGAGGCCGCAUUUAGCAAGCAUGUGGAACGUUGUCGCGAGGCUUGUAGCGAUAUAUCGCGCAAAACUGGAGUGAACCAUGAAAAGGCGGAGGCAAUGGAGCGAUUCAGAUGCCGAAUGAGGUGUAAACCAAAGUUCCGAGUCAACGAACAGCAUACCACAGUCUCAUCACGAGCAUAUGAGAGCAAUACGGACUACGUGGAUUCUGCUUGCCUGUCUCUCACCUCUUCAGCAUCUCUGAAUAGCCGGCUUACAGAUUCGUCUUCAUCUGACUCAACAACAACCUUUAUCAAAUCUUCAGCUUGUUUCAACACAGAACGUAGCUCCUGGGACUCCGCUGGACAGUCUAGCAACUGUAAUCACGUGCGGACGCCGCAGGAGAAGAGCAGCGAGCCAAAAGUUAGCAGGGAAAGUUCUUCAUUCCUGAGCGCCAACACAGAGAAGACAGAUCUGGAUAAGCUGACGGAUGUCAAUUUCAAUUCCCCAGCUUCGUUGCAACAACCUCCUUUUUGCAAUACACCGAGCCCAGUUGCUUGUUCGUCACCGUCUACAGCAUCCUCCUUGUCUACAGUUUCUUUAUUACAAAGUGGACGCGCUCGUGAAAUUCCUCCUGUAUCAGGGGAUCGGAGUUCUAAGCAACCAAGCCACAGGAAGAAGUCGCACUGUCCUUGGUCGCCCAGCACAUCUUCCUUUUUAAAUCCGACGAAUGCGUCUGAACAAAAAUACGUUCUCUUGCAAUCUGCCUUUUCGAGUUCGGGUACCCCGUGCAAUUCAGCAUGUCAGUCUGGUACGCCUACUAAUGAAGCCCCAUUGCAAAGGACCGGUUCCUUGUCUACAGGGCAAAACAAUAUAGCAUGUACUGCAACUGCCAGAAUUCUGCAACGACCACCAAGAAUCGGAGUUGAUGAUUCAGCCCUAUGUCCCUCGGUGAACAUGGGCUACGGCUCGGCAAAUAGCUCAGUUCAAUGUAACCUCAAACCAAGCUACUCUCAUCGUCGCACCAAGUGCAAGCAUAUGCAUAAAUCAUGCUCCCGCAGUCUUAAUCCGUCAAGGUCUGACAUAAAGCAAACUAACUGCGCUGUUCAUCGACCACGUCCUUUUGAUUCCGCUCCAUACAUUCAGUCACCACGGUUAGUAGAAGGAGACACGCAUGAGUGGCUCCUGCAGCACCCAAUGAGCGCAAUUACGAAAAUGGAAGAAGCUCAGCUGAUUCGGCAUUCAAAUUCAAGCGUGACAUCUUUGCAAGAAGUUCAGGCCAUUGGAGCUAAAGAAUGCACCUCCCGUUCAAGAAGACCGAACUAUGAUGACUGGGAAGAGAACCUGCUUAUAGACAAGGAAAACACGAGCUGCGUUGCAGCCAAAGAAAUUACCGAAAUGGACUGGACUACUGCGCAAGUUGGCAGGUCAGGUGACCUGACACACACCAAAAGUCCCCGAGAUGAUGGUGUGUGCUUAGUGUUCGACUCCGCACUUUCCUCCUGUCCGCUGAGUCGCGCGGAUUCAAAGCCUGCCGACACGAAUUCACAGCCGAUCAUUUCAAGUGUGGGACAGAUCGGAUCACAGUGCGGGAGGCAUCCCGAAAUGACUUCCUCAAAAGGAUCGGGUCACACCUCAAAAGUUCUUCAAACGUAUCAACCUGGAUUCCCAACAGCCCUGGCGCUGACGAAAGCUAUGCUUCAUCGCCCUCAUCUUGAAAGACAGGCGGAACAUCUUAAACGAGAAUACCACUUGACGAUUGAAUUAGAUGAAAGUGACGUGGAUGAUGUUAACUUGAAACCAGAAAACACCUUGUUGAAUCACAAAAUGACGCCAUGGCCGCUACCAGCUGUUUAUUGCCAUGAAUGCGGGAAGCAAUACGCAACUGACUGCGCUAAAUACUGCUCAGGUUGCGGUACCAGUCGCCCGAUCCCCUGUAUUCCUGCACCUCCAACUAACCACAUCCAAGAAAAAAGCAAUCUGAAUGAAGCAUCUCAAAAAGAUCCAGCACUCCAAGUCGACAGAUGUUUAGGCCGCUUUGCACAGCUAACCGCAGAAGUAUGUCCGUUUCAGUGAUAUUCACCGAAAAUAUCCUUCGGAUUUGAAAAAGUUGACUAAAUGAGAAUUGAAAACAUUCCUUUCUGAUCCGAGCUACUACUAGCUCGUUAUUUUUGCACUUCUUUGUUCCCUAGAGAAGACCAAGUUAAUUUAACUUAAGUUGGAGUUAGAACACUGAUGGGAAACUGUGGAUAUCAAACUAUUGCGGAAAAUAUGUCGGUUUGCCUUAUUUAAGCUGAGAAGCUGUACCAUUAUAUCGGUUGCUUCUGUUCCAAACAAACCUAUUGGUCCA